GUGCACACAUCGGCUCAACUUUUUUUGUGAAGUGGGCUGCAUAUUUUGUUUUGUCGUAAUAAUAUUACAACCUUUCGGUUAAAAUUCAAGUGGUAUACUCCGAUUUCUGCCCGUAAUCAUCGAGUGGUUAAUUGGCUCACAUAAAAAGCGGGUAGAAUCGGCUGAGAACCCCCGUGCCCUCGGGUCAAUUAGGGAAAUUGCCCAGCGAAUUGCGCAAAUGGCCAAUGGAACUUUAGUUUUUCAGUCCAACUGAAGGCCAAGGAUCCGGGAAAAAGUGAUCAGGAUGGACGACCUGUCGCAAGGCGACAUAUGCCGCGUGUGCAGAUGCGAGGCACAGCCGGACAGGCCACUUUUCUACCCGUGCAUCUGCACGGGAUCGAUCAAGUACAUUCACCAGGACUGUCUGAUGCAAUGGAUGCGCUACUCGCACAAGGAAUACUGCGAGCUGUGCGGCUACCGCUUCAGCUUCCAGCCCAUCUACGCUCCGGAUAUGCCGCGAGUCCUGCCGCUAAAAGAUGUCCUUGUGGGACUGAUGUCCGCCGUUUUGGAGGGCGCUCGCUGCUGGCUUCAUUACUCCCUGGUGGGCUUGGCCUGGUUCGGAAUUGUGCCGCUGUCUGCCUACAGGACCUACCGGUACCUGUUCCGGGCGAGCUCAUUUGAUAUGAUUCUCACGCUGCCAUUCGACAUCUUCUCCAUGGAAAACCUAGCAGCGGAUGCCUUCAGGGGCUGUUUUGUGGUCACCUGCACGCUUUUGUCCUUCAUAGGAUUGGUCUGGCUGCGCGAGCAGAUCCUGCAUGGCGGCGGACCCGAUUGGCUGGAGCGGGACGAUGCCCCUCUUCAGGCAGCGGCUGCCGCGCCUGCUCCCGCGGCCGAGGCAGUUCCACAGCCCCAGGACGACAACAACAAUGCCGACGACAAUGAAGCGGCUGCUCCAGCCGUUAAUGACAAUGAGGGACAGGAUGCCCAGGCCCAGGAUGCUGCUCCAGCGGCUGCAGCUCCCGUCGUGGACGCCGAUGCCGAUGAACAGAAUUGGAAUCCCAUGGAGUGGGAUCGGGCUGCCGAGGAGCUCACCUGGGAACGCCUGCUCGGACUCGAUGGAUCGCUAGUUUUUCUGGAGCACGUCUUCUGGAUCAUCUCGCUGAACACCAUGUUCAUCUUCACCUUCGCCUUUUGUCCCUACUGCGUGGGCAACUUUAUUCUGAGCUCCAUGGAUCUUCUGCAGCCGGAGAAACCACUGCUGCACUUUCACGGCCUCAUUACCACUCUGUUCGGUUACUGCUGCAUUGGAUUGACUCUGGUGGUGUUACACUUCUUCGCCAGGAUUUUCCGCUUGCGGAGAGUCUGCUGGUUCAUUGGAUUGUGCUACAUUGUGGUCAAGGUGUCGCUGCUGUCCGUGUUGGAGAUCGGAGUACUCCCGCUCAUUUGCGGCUGGUGGUUGGACAUCUGUUCGUUGCCUCUACUAGAUGCCAGUCUUAAGGAUCGCAAAGCGAGUUUUAAGGCUGCUCCAGGCACCUCACUGUUUGUCCACUGGAUGUUUGGAAUGGUCUACGUUUACUACUUCGCCGCUUUUAUAUCAUUGCUGCGGGAGGUUCUGCGACCAGGAGUGCUCUGGAUAUUCCGUAAUGUCAACGAUCCUGACUUCAGCCCCAUCCAGGAAAUGAUCCACGUUCCGAUUGUGAGACACAUCCGGCGACUGGUCGCAUCGGCUAUGAUCUUUGGAUUUGCAGUGCUCUUGAUGCUUUGGCUGCCCAUUAGAAUUCUGCAGGUGGCUUGGCCGAACUUCUUGCCAUAUGCACUUAGUGGCGAUGCAGAGGUCAACGAUCUUAGCCUGCAACUGCUGCUGUUACAGAUCGUCUUGCCGGGCUUCUUUGAGCAGACCCAAACACGCAUCUGGCUAAAGGGAUUGCUACGUAUUUGGUGCACAGCGGUGGCCUGGUUGCUGGGCAUUCGAAGCUACCUGCUCCCAGCACCAGAGCCGGAACCUGAGAGUCCCGCUGCUGGCGAAGAAGGCGUGGAAAAUGCCGCGGGUGAAAAUGUAAACCAGGAAGGCGCGGCAGCGGAAGCUGGAGCGGCAGCCCAACCUCCACCACCUCCUCCACCUCCACCACCGCCACCGCCAGUGGAACCGGCGCCGCCACCACGAAACCUUGCCGCCGCUCAUCAGGCCCUCAUGCAACGGGAUGCACCCGUGGGAUUCCAGCCGUACGACAAACCAUCGCUGUUCGCUUUCCGUUUGUGUGCCCUGUUGGCACUUAUGUGCUUGUCGAUCGUUUGUGCUGCCAUGUUGACGCUCACGGUUCCAGUCUACAUUGGUCGGCGGCUGAUGAUGCUCUGGAGUGGCCAGCCAGGAGAAAAGACAGCGGGUGCGGCAGCCGCAGCAGGAGCGGUGGGAGUGGCUGAAAAUCUAGCUCCAAUCGAUCCGGAAGGAGCCAGAAAGAACGAGCGACUACUGCGCUCGCAUGAGCUGUACACCGCUGAGAUUGGUGGCUACCUGUGCUGGAUUGUCUGCCGGGGAGUAGCAGUGGUGGUCACCCUGUUGCCGCAAGGCCGAGCGGCUGUUGUCAACAAACUAAAGCACUGGGCCCGAGUGGCAUUGCAAUAUGCCCUGCCCGUUUUAACACUCCUGGGAAUCUUCGUGCUUGUUCCGUUGCUGUUUGGAUUGCUGCUCGAGUUGGUGGUGGUCAUUCCCCUACGCGUUCCAUUGCGCAAGACACCCAUCCACUUCCUAUGGCAGGACUGGGCACUGGGAGUGCUCUACAGCAAGAUUGCCAUCGCCUUGACUCUAAUGGGUCCGGACUGGCACUUGAAGCGAGCAUUGGAGCGAGCGUACAUGGAUGGAUUGCGUGAUUUCGACUUGAAGUUUGUGAUGCGGGACUUGGCUGUGCCGGUGGUUACUACCUUUGGCCUGGCCCUGGCCAUUCCCUAUGUCAUGGCCCAUAUGAUGUUCCCGAUUUUCCUAGCCGACGCUUAUGCGCGGCAUGUCGUCGCCCGGCUCGUGUAUCCUGUAAGCUUCAUUGUGGUGGGCAGCAUAUGCUUCCUUUUGUUCCAGAUCAAGCAGCUGAAGAAGCUCUACCUGUCCAUCAAGGUAGAUAAGUAUCUUGUGGGUCAGAGGCUGGUCAACUAUGAGCACCGCAAAAAGCAGCAGCAGCAGCAACAACAGCAGGAGGAGGAGGAGCAACAGCGGGCGGCCCGAGAGUUAAAGGAGAACCAGGAGAGAGAUCGGGAGCGAGAGCGGGAACAGUUGGCCCAGGAGCAGGAGUUGGCUGAACUUCUGUAACGAGACCAGAUUUUUAUUUCAACCCGACAAGGAGAAGGACGCCACGUGAAGAUGUUGAAGUAUCUGUGCUUUUCCGUCGUGGAGAUGCUCCUGCUGCUUAUAUAUCUCUGUUUAGUAUCUAUUGCUCUGCCGAACGGAAGGAUUUGGAAAUUUUCGAGUAAAAUAAGCCUAUUUUCUCCUAGCCUCGGCCCUUCUUCCCUCUUAGUUAUCUUGCGUUAAAUGAUUAAUAUGUUAGCUGCAAUUGUUGUUAAAUUCCUACGCUAUACCGUUUAUAGAUCCUAAGUUGUAUGAUAUAUUUUGACACUCGCCACAUCCCCACUUACAUAAGUAAUCAAUGGGCAGCGAUUAAACCUUGUAUUAGAGCCGUAUGCAGAAACUACAUCUGAGAAUUGUCAACGGAAACUUUAGAAAAACCCCGAAAUAAACCAAAUCCAAUAUGGUAAAAGUGGUGAAAAAUUAAUGGAUAGUGGAAUAGAAAAAAGAAACUUUUUCGAGCUAGCUUUACGAACUGUAAAAAUAAUAUAUGUAACAUUAUAAAUAUAACUGAUUUAAAAUUAAUUAAUAAAUUUAACUUUAAACUUCAAAA